UUGGUCUUUUAAACACAUGUGAAGCUUUUGAACUGCAGCUACACCUCCAGCAUUCCUCUUAGUGUAUCGCGGAGAGCAGGACAUUCGGUCUUCAUUUUUACCAAUGAUUUUUAUACUAAUGUAUUUGUUGUCACACUGUGGAUUAUAAACACCAGCAGGACGAUACGGGGUAAUAGGUCGGCUUUUUGCAACAUACUUUUAUGUGGAGUAGGUUGGAUUGCUUCGGGAAUAUGCCUUUUAUCAGCAGUGAACCCACGAUUACAUGGCAAGUACGGGCCUUCAUCCUUGUUUUUCUCAUUGACGCGACUGUCUGUCAGAUACGCUACUCUGUCCCAGAGGAGAUGAGAAAGGGAUCUUUUGUAGGAAAUGUGGCUGAAGAUUUAGGUAUCGACGCUAAAAGACUGAUAUCAGGCGGUGCCCGAAUUGUGAGCAGCGAUAGCAGCGAGUAUAUUAGGCUCGAUGCAGACAAAGGGAUUCUUGUCGUGGGAGAAAGAAUAGAUAGAGAGCAGCUCUGUGGGCAGACAGCGCCCUGUAGCUUGAAUUUCGAAAUGAUUAUGAUGAAUCCAAUGCAACUACAUAGCGUUGUAGUAGAAGUGUUGGAUGUUAAUGAUAAUGCACCCGUGUUUCAUGAGAAAGAAGUGCGUGUUGAAAUACUAGAAUCUGCGCUUCCAGGAACCGAAAUAUUGCAAGAGAGUGCCACAGACCCUGAUGUUGGCAUCAACGCUUUACACGGCUAUACCUUACACCCAACAACACAUUUCAAUAUUAAGGUCUUGUCCAGCCCAAAUGGUCAUAAAUAUGCACAGUUGUAUCUUUCUAAUGCUUUAGACCGUGAGAAACAGGAAAAUAUGCUUCUCACGCUAACGGCUGUCGACGGUGGUGAACCACAAAGAUCAGGGACACUAAAAAUACAUGUAACUGUCCGAGACACAAAUGACAAUGCUCCGGUUUUUACGCAAUCAAAUGUCAAGGCGUCUGUUAAAGAAAAUGUUGCAAAAGGAACCUUAGUCGUGAGCUUAAGCGCAACAGAUGCAGAUGAAGGGAUGAAUGGCCGUGUCACAUACCACUUUAAUCGCAUGUCUAGUAAUGUUGCUGGACUAUUUCAUCUGGAUGAAAACAGCGGCGAUUUAACUGUAAACGGCAUGAUUGAUUAUGAAGAGAAUAAAAUAUAUGAGAUUGGUGUGCAGGCAAAAGAUCAAGGUGGACAGAGCACAUCAACAAAUGUAAUAAUUGAGGUGACGGAUGUAAAUGACAAUGCACCUGUAAUAACACUAACCUCGUUUUCUAGUGCCGUCGCUGAGGAUUCUCCCAGUGGGACUACUGUUGCUAUCAUAAACGUUAAAGAUCUUGAUUCAGGCAAAAAUGGAAAAGUAGAAUGUUCCGUAAACGGCAGUAUCCCUUUUGCAAUCCACUCCUCUCUGAAGAAUUAUUAUACUCUGGUAACAAACGGUGUCCUUGACAGAGAACGUAAUCCCGAAUACAAUAUAACUUUCACGGCUAUGGAUGAAGGUAGCCCACCACUCUCCACUGACAAGACAAUAACACUUCGUGUAUCCGACGUCAAUGAUAAUGCCCCCGUAUUUGAACAGAAUUAUUACGAAGCUAAUAUCAUGGAGAAUAACUCCCCAGGAUUGUCUGUGUUUUCUGUGAAAGCACACGACUCUGACUCAGGUCAAAACGCACGAGUGUCUUACCUGCUUAUUGAUACUCAGUUAAAUGGUAACCCCAUAUCCACUUACAUAUCUGUUAACGCAGAAAGUGGAGUUAUACAGGCAGUUCGGUCAUUUGACUAUGAGCAAAUUAAAACUCUAAAUAUUUUUGUGAAAGGCCAAGAUGGGGGUUCCCCGCCUUUAAGCAGCAAUGCCACUGUUAAAUUAAAUAUUCAAGAUCAGAACGACAACCCUCCUCAGGUUCUGUACCCAGUCCAGACUGGAGGCUCUCUGGUGGCUGAAAUGGUGCCUCGUUCAGCAGAUGUGGGCUAUCUGGUCACUAAAGUGGUGGCUGUUGAUGUGGACUCUGGACAGAAUGCCUGGCUCUCCUAUAAACUGCAGAAAGCCACAGACAGGGCGCUGUUUGAAGUGGGCUUACAGAAUGGAGAAAUAAGAACUAUCCGCCAAGUCACUGAUAAAGAUGCUGUGAAACAAAGACUGACUGUUAUAGUGGAGGACAACGGGCAGCCCUCUCGUUCAGCUACAGUCAUUGUUAACGUGGCGGUGGCGGACAGCUUCCCGGAAGUGCUGUCUGAGUUCACUGACUUUACACACGACAAGGAGUACAAUGACAACCUGACUUUUUACUUAGUGUUGGCUUUGGCUGUAGUUUCCUUCCUCUUCAUCACGUGUUUAGUGGUUAUUAUAUCAGUGAAAAUCUACAGAUGGAGACAGUCUCGCAUCCUAUAUCACUCCAAUCUCCCUGUGAUUCCAUAUUAUCCACCACGUUACUCAGAUACUUUGGGGACAGGGACUCUCCAACACGUGUACAAUUACGAGGUGUGCAGGACGACUGACUCCAGAAAGAGUGACUGUAAGUUCGGCAGAGCUGGUAGUCAGAACGUGCUGAUAAUGGACCCCAGUUCUACAGGGACGAUGCAGCGGAUACAGAGUGAGAAGAACAUCCUGGAUGAACCAGACUCUCCUCUAGAGGUGAGGCCUUUGACAUAUCCAUCACUUGUUAUUAUGUUUGUGCUUUCUCAGGGGUCUUACUAAAGAGUUGAUGCCCUUCGGUCUCAUGUCAAUUUGGUAACCCAUGAGGCAUUUUCAGAACCACAACUCGUGGACAGCUCCACUGACUUGAA